UAAUGGAAGAAUAACGCAAGAGAUUGAACUCUUCAAUGACGUAUGAAGAAUAUUUAAACACCUUUGAAAAAGCACCAAAAAAACCUUGUUUAAAACCAAAAUAAGAACCAGAUGUUGGAAUGGAUGAUUUAGAUUUGCUUAGUGAUACUUAAACAAAUAUAGUAAGUAAAAGCUCUAUAAUCUCAUAGCCUUAAGUGAAAAACAAAAUAUACUGCGAUCCAAACACUGUAAUUUAAGAAGUUGAAGAAGAUGGUAAAACACCUAUAGUUUGGGUAGAUUAAUAAUUAACACCCAGCCCAAUGAAGACAGUAAGGUAAAGAACAUAAAGCGAGAAUAUUUAAUUUACUUUUAUAAGUUUUGUUGAAAGAGAAAUUGAGAGAAAGGGAUCACGAAAGUUUGAAUGAA